CAGCCGCACCUGAGCAGGGGAGACGACACAGCAGCAGAACAGCUCCACCCACCGCCUCGCUCACUCACCCACUCCCUCUCCGCCGUCCUGUGGAGCAAUCUGCUGGAUGUCUGAGCGCAGAGCUUCAUCCUGAUCCUGUUCCUCCGCUUCGACACUGAACCGCGACCAGAAGUUAAACUGCUGGUACAUUUCUAAACUGUCUCCUGUCUUCCAUCAGGAAGAGAGGACAGCCUGUGAUCAGACCUCGUCAUGAACUGGGCAUUCCUCCAGGGCCUCCUCAGUGGAGUGAACAAGUACUCCACCGCCUUCGGUCGAGUCUGGCUCUCCAUCGUCUUCCUUUUCCGGGUCAUGGUGUUCGUGGUGGCGGCGGAGAAGGUGUGGGGUGACGAGCAGAAGGACUUCAAGUGCAACACGGUCCAGCCCGGCUGCCACAACGUCUGCUACGACCACUUCUUCCCCGUCUCCCACGUCAGGCUGUGGGCUCUGCAGCUCAUCUUCGUCACCUGCCCCUCGCUGCUGGUGGUGAUGCACGUCGCCUACAGGGAGGACAGGGAACGCAAGAACCAAGUCAGGUACGGUGACAACUGCCGACGCCUCUACUUGAACACCGGCAAGAAGCGUGGUGGCCUGUGGUGGACCUACGUCCUCACUUUAGUCUUCAAAAUAGGCGUGGACGCCACCUUCACCUACCUCGUCUAUCACAUCUACGAGGGCUACGACUUCCCAUUGCUCAUCAAGUGCGAGCAGAAGCCGUGUCCCAACAAGGUGGACUGCUUCAUCUCCCGGCCCACCGAGAAGAAGAUCUUCACCCUCUUCAUGGUGGUCAGCAGCCUGGUCUGCAUCCUGCUCUCCAUUAUUGAAAUCGUCUACCUGAUUGGCAAACGCUUACGUGAAUGUCUCAGCACGCUCCAUCACUCUCGCCAUAUCGUGACCGACAGGAUGUCCAGUGGAAGCACCUUGAUGGAGGCGAACACUCUAAAAUUGGGAGGUGAAAAGACCCCAGAAACCCCUGCACCCUCAUACAAAGUCGCCAUAUCUUGAGAUACUGAUGAAAGACUUGUAGAAAAAACAAACAAGCAGAGACACAAGAAAGGAAAGUUGCUUGUCCUCGCUCCACAGGCGCUUCCUUAAAAGACUUGGCAGCUGACGUUUGUCUGCUCACAGAGUGAACUACGAUGGAGUUAGUUCCUGACUGUUCCUGGGUCCAGAGUCAGAGGAGACCACAAGACCAAUGUGUCACUGAUCCGGAAUGUGAUCUCUGCUGUUUGAUUUGAUUUGAUUAGAUUUUUUAAACACAUUCAAACUCUACACUACAGUCCCUAAAAAGAAAAAAAAACCAAUUUGUUUUAUCCAGCCUAUGAGUCACCCUGUGGUUUGGAGAGUACACAUGUGGUUGUCUGUGUAAGAUUUUCCCUCUGCUUGUGCCCAGCCUCAGAGCAUUCAAUGUACUGUGUCAUUUCCCCUUCUCUUGCAUGUUGAAGUCUUGUUGUAAAUAUUGUACUUUAUGUAAUUUAUCAAAAGUCUUGACAGAUUGUGUUGUUGUGUAGAGAACAAUGAAGUCGAAAUUCAGCUUUUCCUGUUGUUGAUAUCAGGGUUUUUUUUUAUUCUUCAGACUUCAUGGCUACAGAGUUGUUCACAUACUUUUCAUUAAAGAUUUUUGUGUUUUGAAAA